GGAGCUUCAUCUCUGUCAUGUCUCGACUUUUGUAGCUACAGAGAGAUUGUUAAAUCUAGCUGGUUGAAGCCGAGCUAUCCAGAAAAAGAAGCAAUCUGACUGGUUGAACUUGGAAGUGCUGUAUCUUGUAUAUACCAAAUAUAUCUGCCAAUCAUACACAGCCCUUAUGGCCCAUAAUCUGAAUAAGGCAUAGCCCCAAUUGUAAUACCAUAAUAUGCAUAGUUACAGGUACACUUACAUUGUGGAAAGGUUGAUGUGUUUGUGCCUUUUCAUACAACAAAAUUGUGAAGUAACAGAACAUUGGGAUGUUCACACGCCCAAUGAUUCAAGCGAUUACAGGCAAAAAAUUAAAGAAGUUGCAUAAAAAGUGGACAUUGCGUAACUAAAAACUUGCCACUAAGCAUUUUCUGAGUGUUUGCUUACUGUUGUUUUUAUACCAUUAUCAUUCUUUGCCUGUGCCCACUUGGUAUUUUGGUGACGUCCCAGGGGUGCACUGUAAUUUAGGUUUUGAGAACACCAACAAUUUGCAUGUGCCACUGCACACCUGCACAUAGAUAAAGGCAGCCACUAUAUUCUUCUAAAGAAAAUACUUGACUUGCUCAUAAGCAUUGAAGUGUUUGGUUAUAACUAUGUAUAAUAAUCCAUUUAACAGUUAAAGUCUCCAGAUUAUUCACCCAUCCUCAACCAAUCCUUUCCACUUUCUUUAAAUUCCAGCAGUCCUCUUUCUUUUUGGUUUUCUUGGGGUAGUGGCACAGUGCAGUAGUGCAUUGGUAGUUUUAUAGUAGUUGUUAUUAAUUGUUUGUUCACUUAAAAUGAAUGUAUAGCUGAGUGUAUUUGGGUGAGUGUGUUUGUAUAAUAUAUGAAUAUCUUUAUGUGCAUAUCAAAUCAUAACAUUUGAAUAAUACAUUUUUAUGUGCAGUCAGGAAUUGAAUUAAUCCAUUUUAAUCAAACACUAGUUUGCAGCAGUUUAGGUCGUCUCCCAUUGACAUAAGUAAGUGAGUUAUUGUAUUACUUUGAUUAUUGGUAAUAUAAUUGGUUUGUAUUGUGUGGUCUUUGGCACAGUUGCUACCAUGCACUUUGAUAACCUCUUGUAUUCAAUUCACAAAUAGGGAAGUGAAAUACUUGUGCAUGGAAGUAAACCAAUGGGACAUGACUGGACAGUGUUGAAAUGAAUAUGACGUUAUUUCUGAUGAUUGGUUGGAUAUGGCUCAACUGAUGGUAGAGGUGAAGAAAAAGAUGCAUAUAAAGAGCAGAGAAAGUGUGUUGUUUUCAGGGAUUUGAAGCUUUUUGCUGUUUGGUUGAAUCAUCAUACUCCAGGAAGAAAGCGCUUGCUCUGUCCGGGUUUCCAGCAUGAUGAAACUCAGCAUUCACCUUCUGCUCCUCGUCUUGGGGACGUCCUCGGCAUACACUUAUCAAAACGUGGCCUUGCGUGGAAAAGCGACACAGUCAGAUCGCUAUGAGCACAUGUUUGGAUCUGCCUACAGUGCCAUCGAUGGAAACCGUGACUCUACUUUUGCGGCCGGUUCAUGCACCCACACUGAUGAAGAGACCAACCCCUGGUGGAGGGUGGACCUGCUGGAGGCCUACAUUGUCACCUCCAUCACCAUCACCAACAGAGGAGACUGCUGUGAACACAGGCUCAAUGGGCUGCAGAUCCACAUAGGCAACUCUGUACAUGAAAAUGGUAUAGAAAACCCCAUGGUCGGCACAAUUUCUGAAAUUGGUGCCGCUAAAUCGUACACUCUCACUUUCAAUGAGCGUUUGGAGGGACGUUAUGUGACUUUGACUAUACCUGGUUCAAAAAAGUAUCUUACACUCUGCGAAGUGGAAGUCUAUGGGUACCGUGCCCCAACUGGAGAGAACCUGGCAGUCCGAGGAAAAGCUUCACAAUCAUCAUUGUAUUCAUUUGGCAUAGCAUAUAAUGCCAUAGAUGGAAAUCACAACAGCAAGUGGGACAAGGGGUCCUGCACUCAUACAAACAAUGACAUCAAUCCCUGGUGGCGACUGGACCUGGGGAAAACCUACAAAGUGUUUUCUGUUAAGAUAACCAACAGAGAUGUUGAGCCAGAACGACUCGAUGGAGCUGAGAUCCGCAUUGGAGAUUCUCUUGCAGACAAUGGAAACAACAAUACCAGGUGUGCUGUGAUCACAAGCAUCCCCGCAGGUGAUGUCGCUGAGUUCAAGUGUAAUGGGAUGGACGGUCGCUAUGUUAACAUAGUUAUCCCAGAUAGAGAAGAGUUCCUAACCCUGUGUGAGGUGGAGGUGUAUGGUUCUAUCUUAGAUUAAGUCAGAGGAGGUUCAAAAUUUAUGACAUUUGGCUUUGGCAUAUAAAUACUAACCGGCUCAACUUAUGAUUAUAGCUUCAGCUUCAAUAUCAUCAAAAGACUUAAAUGACAUAUAAUGCAGUAUACGGAAAAUGCUGUGUAUCAAUAGACAUACUUUUGUUAUUACUCUUCUGUGUAGUACACUGUGUACUUUCCUGUGCAGUGUGCAAUUUUCGACAUGUUAGACAAAUACGGCCAUUGCGCACUUACUAGAAAUGAUGAUUAGCAAUGGUCACUGUAGUUAAUAAGUCUUCUUCUGCGAUUUCCAGUUUGAAAAGUGACCUCCCUCAACCUUUUGACCGUUUUGAGUGCAACUUUUAAUUGUGUAUAAAUGAAACUUCAGCCAGUCUACAUUGUGUUUUGUCUACUUUUUUAAUUUCUCAUACUGUUGUUGAGUUGUAAUUUU